AUGACUACAGUUUGACGUUUUAUUUGGAGCAAGCAAAACACAAAUUCAUUGUUGUUUUUAAAAAUCAUUCUCAUAACCUAUUCCACUACAGUAUAUAUUAUAGAAAUUAAAUAGCAAUUAUAACAAAUUACAAAAUGACCACUUUUGGUGAAAUAAACGAACCUUCAAGUCGAACUGCAUGGGAAGACUGGGAUGAAGUUUUGUUUACUGAAAAUUAUAUAGAGUUACGCUUGGAAAAAGAGAUAGAAGUACCCAAGCAAAUUGAUACUUUUAUCAUAUUAGAAGGAAAGUACUUAUUUGACUGUGUUAGAGCUCAUCAUGAACUCGAACUCGUUAACGCGAGUCCAGAAGUAAAUUUACGGUUAUUCAAGACUAAGAAACUGAAUAACUAUGUUUGUAUGAUAAGGGAUUACAACUUAAUUCUGAGCAGCGAAAUUGUGGAGAUGUUAAAAAAAUACAUUAAUGUUAGCACUGACGUUGUAGGCGUAUUGACAAAACCACUUGUGGAGUACCAAGUAUCAGAACUGGUCACAAAUGACUAUGUAAUCAGAUGUCUAUCAGCAAGUCAGCCAACAAGCGAUCUGGAUAAAACCUUCCCUCAUUUAGAGCAACCUAAUAUUAUAUCUGGUGUAUCUGCAGGAGCCCUGUGCUGGAGAGAAGUCAAUGAUAAGCCUGCUAUGGUGAUUGUAUGCUACAUUGAACAUCCUGAAGAGGUACAAAUACAAGAAUUGAAUAACUUGUUAGAAAAAUUCAAAGUUAUUCCUCAUGUGGAAAAAACACAUCGAGACAAUUUGUUGAACUCUAAUUUAUAUAUUUAAACAAAUAUAUACGUUGUAUACUAAAUAAAUUGUUAAUAAAAUGUAAAAAAUUACUUUUA